CUGACCGGUUUCCAUGUCUCUCUCGCUCUCUCAAAUAUCACAUCAUACCCACGUUGCUCCGUCUGUCGCCCCACAUUACACUUCUCUUCCAAAUGCUCACUCACUUUUAUUUCCCGCUAUUACUCACUUCUUGCUGGUCAACAUGACUUCUUCUCGAUAUAUGCGUUUUGUUCUUCUUACAGUCCCUGUCCUUUUCUUGAUGUUCCUUGUGUCUCGGAAUUGGGAUGUAUUACCCCAACCAUUCAGUCAUGGCAAACCGGAUGCCUCGUUAGGGUUAUCUGAGCAUCCUACGCCACCACAAAGCAGCGGCAACAACAACGACCAUAGCACCAACAGCCAAACAGAACCGACCAGUCUUCCAACCACUCCCCCCACCACCCUUCCCAACUCUCACCCCGACACCGUCAACACCGCCAUCGCCGGCAUAACCGACAAAGUCUGGCACUCCUCCAAGACCCCCGAGCUGAGUGCCGACCAAACCGGCUGGAUCAACAGCUGGCUCUUGAAGAACCCCGCCUUCCGCCACGAGCUCCUCACGGACGGUUCCGCCCUCACCUUCGUCCGCACCCGCUACGGCGCCACCCGCCCGGACAUCGUCGAAGUGUACGAAAAGCUCCCCAUCCCCAUCCUCCGCGCCGACCUCCUCCGCUACCUGAUCGUGCUGGCGGAAGGCGGCAUCUGGAGCGACCUCGACGUCACCUGCGACACGGAGGUCGCCGCCUGGGUGCCCCCGGAGCACCAAACCUCCAACAUCGACAUGAUCGUGGGGCUGGAGUUCGACUUCGGGUGGCGCGGCGCCGGCACCGAGGUGGCGUCGCAGUUCUGCAACUGGGUGUUCGCGGCGCGGCCGGGGUCCCGCAAUCUGGCGGCGGUGGUGGACGCGGUCGUCGCCAAGUUGAAGGAGAUCGCCGCCCUGAACGGGGUGGGCGUGGACCAGUUGACGCUGGAGAUGUUGCCCGUCGACGUGGUGGAUGUCACGGGCCCGAAGAUCAUGACCAUUGCGCUGCUGGAUGGGUUGAAAGGGUUGCUAGGAAGGGUGGUGGACGAUCGGGAUUUCCACGGGAUCAAAUCUCCGAAACUGGUCGGGGAUUUGUUGAUUAUGCCGGGGAAUGCGUUCGCGGCGGCGCAGAAUGGGUUCCCCACCGAUCAGAGUCCUGCGUUGGUGAGCCAUCAUUAUGCCGGGUCAUGGAAGCAGGCGGAUGCGGAGGCUAAGGAGAGGAAAAAACAACAGGAGCAGCAGCAGGGGUAGGAUCUCCAAAUGUGUAUAAUGAGAUUAGGUCUUUGUAUAUGUAAAUCUAUGAUAUCCGAAAUGCCAACAUGGGAAGAAUCUAAGAAACAUCGCUCAGAA